GAUUCCCUGGGAAUGCUGAAACCGAAAGACAUGCCACGUUUUAUUCUCUGCCAUCUUCGAUAGAACGGACUCCCACCAAAUUAGCCACACAGAAAGUUGCCUUUGGCUCUCAAGGAAAUUCAGCCUUUCAACCCAUUGCAGCUAGCUGCAAAAUAGUGCCUCAAGGUCAGAUUCCAAGCCCUGCUGAGUCUCCAGGAAAAUCCUUCCAGCCUAUCACCAUGAGUUGCAAGAUUGUAUCAGGUUCUCCAAUAUCGACCCCUAGUCCAUCUCCGCUACCUCGUACCCCAACCUCCACUCCGGUGCACAUGAAGCAAGGCUCUGCUAGCUCAGUCAUUAAUAAUCCAUAUGUUAUUGUGGACAAGCCUGGACAGAUGGUUGGAGCAGCAGCCACGAGCACAGGGAGCCCAACCAGCAAACUGACAAACGUUUGUCAGGCCUCACAUGGAACUGGAUCUCCUGUAUCAAAGACCCAUGGAAGCAGUUUUGUAACCUCAGCUGUCAAGCAGGAGGAUUCUCUGUUUGCCACCAUGCCACCCCUUUGUCCCAUUGGAAGUCAUUCCAAGGUGCAAAGCCCUAAAUCCGUGACAGGAGGCCUUGGAGCUUUUACAAAGGUGAUAAUAAAACAGGAACCGGGAGAAUUGCCCCAGCAACCCCAGCAGCCAGCAACGGGGACAACCACUCAGAACUCCGUGCAGCAGUAUGUCACUGUGAAAGGAAGCCACAUGUUAGCCUUGUCACCACAGAAGCCAAUCGUGAGCGCAGGAGAGGGGACAGUGCAGUCUAAGGUGGUUGGUGUCCCAGUUGGUUCUGCUUUACAGUCAACAGUGAAGCAAGCGGUGGCCAUCAGUGGUGGCCAGAUACUCGUGGCAAAAUCUAGCUCUUCAGUAGCAAAAGCAGUUGGUCCAAAGCAGGUAGUGACUCAAGGUGUAGCCAAAGCCAUUGUGAGUGGAGGUGGAGGGACGAUUGUUGCCCAGCCUGUGCAGACUAUAACGAAGGCACAGGUCGCUUCAGCAGGUGCUCAGAAAAGCACAUCUCAAGGCUCAGUGAUGGCUACACUGCAAUUACCAGCCACCAACCUGGCAAACUUGGCAAACUUACCACCAGGCACCAAACUUUACCUCACCACCAACAGCAAGAAUCCUUCUGGGAAAGGAAAACUGCUUCUGAUACCCCAAGGAGCCAUACUGCGAGCCACAAAUAGUGCUAGUCUCCAGUCUGGUGGUUCUACUAAUAGUGGAGGAACAGGAGGAGGAGGGACCCAAAGCACAAGCAGUAACUUGUCACAGCAUCUCACCUAUACAUCCUACAUCCUGAAGCAGACACCACAGGGCACUUUUCUGGUUGGUCAGCCUUCUCCUCAGAGUUCUGGGAAGCAGCUGACACCAGCAUCAGUUGUUCAGAGCAGCGUAGGAGUUGGGUCAUCAUCUACACAAGGACAACAAGCAUUAAAAGUGAUAACUGGACAGAAAACAGCUUUAUUUACACAGGCUGCACCCAGUGGACAGACAUCAUUGGUGAAACUAUCAGAUGGCUCUAUAAAAUCAGUGCCUACCUCAUCCCAGCUUUCCAAGCCUGGCACCACUGUGCUGAGAGUAUCAGGAGGCGUUAUCACCACAGCUGCCACUUCUGCCAUGGCCCUUCCCACAAAUGGGGUGGCCCAGCAAAUAGAUAAUGCAGGUGCCAGUUCAUCAACUUCUGGGGGUCCUACAGCAAAGACGCCUGGACAGCAACACCAAAUCUGUAUCAGCCAGGGCCAGUCUACUUCAUCGGUAGUGAGUAAGACUGCUACCUCUACUGUUGUAAGUGUUGCUUCUCUGAUGACUACACCAACGCCUGUGACUGGAAAAGCUGCCGUAUCAGGUUUGCUAAAAAUUCACUCAAAUCAGUCCAGUCCACAGCAGCAGGCUCUUUUGACAGUUCCCAGUCAGCUUAAACAGCUCAGUGUAAACCCAGCUUCUGGAGGGGUUCAGACAAUACUCAUGCCUGUGAACAAAGUGAUACAGUCGUUUUCUACUAGCAAAAUUUCAGCUGUCACAGCUGUCACAACAGCCAGUGCAGUUGUCCCUAGUCCCUCUGCAGCUUCUGUCACUAAAGUUAAGAUGGAGCCUGAUUCAGCAUGACCAAACUGCAGUUCUGUGGGAACCCAAGAAGACCAAGCAGCAGUAAAAACAGAAGAGAGCUCAGAACUUAGGAAUUACGUUAUCAACAUAGAAUAUUUGGAGAAUGUCCAGCAGCUUUUAACAGCAAUAGUCAAGAAAGUUCCAUUAAUUGCUGAAAGAAGUGAAGAUGUCAGCUCCUUUUGUGCCAGUUCAGUGGAACAGUACUAUAGCUGGAAUAUUGGCAAGAGGAGGGCAGCCGAGUGGCAACGAGCAAUGACAGUGAGAAAGAUCCUGCAAGAAAUCAUAGAAAAGCACCCCAGGUUUCACAACAUUGCACCCCUGAAAAUCAAACACGUGGUACAGUGGUGUCGAUGCCAUGGCUACACUCCACCCGACCCCGAGACCUUGCGGAAUGAGGAGGACUCGAUUGAAGAUGUGCUGACACAGAUAGACAAUGAGCCGGAAUGCCCUUCAUCUUACACCAGUGGUGAGGAGCUGUGCCAAAAACUGGAGGAACUGCAGCAGUUUCUGAAGCGGGAACCAGAGCAUGAAGAGGAAGUAGAUGUUCUCAACUUCUGUGAGCCAUUAAAAAUAAACAUUAAAAAGGAACAGGAGGAGAAACAAGAGGAGAUGAAAUUCUAUUUGGCCUCCUUGCCUGCAUCAGAGUUUGUGAGGGAUACAGCAGAAAAGAUCGGGAUUUCUUUUCAGCCUGCUGAGGUGCACAAGAAUGUUUAUGCAUCUGUAAUAGAAGAUAUGAUUUUAAAGGCCACUGAACAGCUUAUGAGUGAUAUUCUGCGGCAAGCACUGGCUGUAGCAUACCAGACAACACCUCACAACAGGACUCCAAAAGAGAUCACAGUGAUGAAUAUUCACAAAGCCAUCUGUAAUAUUCCGUUUCUCGACUUCCUCACCAACAAACAUAUGAAGAUACUAAAUGAGGAACAAUGAAAUAGAACAUAGAAGAUGCUACAGGAAGGUUGGAUUUAUGACGGAAGUUGGAAUGACAAAUCCAGUAUUUCUGUAGGACACUAUUAUAAACAUUUAUAACAUUGGGCUACUAGAUUGUUACCUCCAAUUAAAGAUGCACCUUAAUGCAACAAAACGAUGCUCUGUUCCAAAUCAAGUUGUUAAAUGUCAGUAUUUACUCAGUAAGUGUAUGUUCAGUGGCUGAACAAACGUCAGUUUGCAUCGAGUUGCUAACCAUGAAAGAUUUCACAGGUCUUGUACAUGUAAUGGCAGCUGUAUUGAUGAGGUUGAGUGUUUUUUUGGAAAAGAAAUCAUUCGUUGUUACUUUGCCUGCUUUUUGAUGCAGACUACAGAUGAGUUGGUCUCCACACACCGUGGGCAGAACAGUUGUGUCAGCACACUGAAUAU